UAUUUGCUCUCUUCUUUCUUCAGAUGCGUUACUGUUCCUGUAGAGACUUUGUUGCUUCACCUCAGACCUAUGUGACUCUGGUGGAAGGAUCAUGACCGAAGUCUUCUUCUCUGCUGCUUUGAAUGGAACUGAACCCAACCUGUUAUCCAGCAGCGGCUGGUCUGCGGGAAACGCCACCACCAAGUGUUCCCUGACCAAAACUGGCUUCCAGUUCUAUUACCUGCCCACCGUCUACAUUCUGGUCUUCAUCACUGGGUUUUUGGGAAACAGUGUGGCCAUCUGGAUGUUUGUCUUCCACAUGAGGCCUUGGAGCGGCAUCUCGGUUUACAUGUUCAACUUGGCGCUAGCUGAUUUCUUGUAUGUCUUGACUCUGCCUGCCCUCAUCUUUUACUACUUCAAUAAAACAGACUGGAUCUUCGGAGAUAUCAUGUGCAAGCUGCAGAGGUUCAUCUUCCAUGUGAACCUGUAUGGCAGUAUUUUGUUUCUAACUUGCAUAAGUGUGCACAGGUACACGGGAGUGGUGCACCCCUUGAAGUCGCUGGGGAGGCUGAAGAAGAAGAACGCGGUGUACAUCAGCACCCUGGUCUGGGUCAUUGUGGUGGCCGUGAUUUCUCCAAUACUCUUCUACUCGGGAACGGGGAUAAGGAGAAAUAAAACCACGACGUGCUACGACACUACAGCCGAUGAUUACCUGAGAAGUUACUUCAUUUACAGCAUGUGCACCACAGUGCUUAUGUUCUGCAUCCCAUUCAUACUGAUUCUUGGUUGCUAUGGGCUCAUUGUGAAAGCUUUGAUUUACAAAGAUUUGGACAAUUCUCCUCUCAGGAGAAAGUCCAUUUACCUGGUUAUUAUUGUGUUGACGGUCUUUGCUGUGUCUUACCUUCCUUUCCACGUGAUGAAGACCUUAAAUCUAAGAGCCAGGGUGGAUUUUCAGACUCCACAAAUGUGUGCCUUCAACGAUAAGGUUUAUGCCACUUACCAAGUGACAAGGGGUCUGGCCAGCCUCAACAGCUGCGUCGACCCUAUCCUUUACUUUCUGGCAGGUGAUACCUUUCGAAGGCGGCUUUCCAGGGCGACCAGGAAAUCGUCCAGAAGAAGUGAACACAACGUGCAGUCCAAAAGUGAGGAAAUGACUCUCAAUAUUUUAUCUGAGUAUAAACAGAACGGAGAUACGAGUUUGUGAACGAAUGCAAAAGAUUUGGGAACAGUUUGAAAAAAUCCACUGCUUUGAGACAGUAGGACACUGUAGUGCUACAAGUGCGUGAGGAAAAUCUACCAGUCUCUCAAAUUCGUUUUAGAUCCUAUGACCUGCAGAGCUAACACCUCAAACCGCAUCCUGCUCCGAUGUGACUCCCUGCUGCACACACGCUGAGAGUCACAGCCUCCUCUGAAUCCCGCUGGAGCUCGAAGCUGAGCCUCGCAAUCUCAUUUAAAGUUCCUGCUCUUUUUUUAAGCAUUGCUAUAUUUGACAUGGGGUAGUAGGAACCGCUGCAAAAUCACACCAAAUUCAUUUCUCCUCCGACACGAUUACUUUUUUACCUGCAACAUGAUGGAAUAAUGUCUGUUGGGCCAUCCCGUCAGAGAGGAAGCUGGUCAGACGUGGGAGGAUUGGACACCACCAGGACAAAAACCAAGCAGAUCUACAGGCAGUGUGGUGGCUGGAGCCAUUAGCUCCUGGGGAACUUGGCAAGACUGUUCUUAAAUGUUUGCCUUUUGGUACUUAUCCUUACUAUAACAUCUUUGUGGAAGACAAUCAGUCCACCAGCCUCAGAGGCCCAAGGUGAUCCCUGUGUUUAUACAUAAACCUCUGUGAUGGGUACAGUUGAAGAAGCCUUUCCCUAAGCCGCUCGACUGGAGUUUGUUUCUGACCUAUCCAAUAUGCAAAGAGAAUGCAAUAUCUCAGCUACAGCCUUUGGGCUUUUAAUUAAUAAUCAAUGAUGACGAUGGGUUGCAUUUACUAGCAACAAGAUUCAGCUCAUCAUCUCACUACAGGAAGACCACUUAAAAGUUCCACCUUCCUUCAUUGUGCUGUAUUAGCCUUCAACUAGCAAAUGAGAUUAAACCUUUUAUGAUUUCAUGGUCAUGCUUUUAACCUAUUCUUCCUCUGGGUAUAUUUGGGAAUCUUUUAAUAACUACAAAUCAUUCACUGAAGAUGCCAAAAGGGUUGAAGUAAAUAGUUAUUUAGAGCUUAAGUUAAGUUUUGCCAAAGCAUUCUACAAUGAUCCACGCCGAAACAAAUUAUUAUUCAUUAGCUAUAUUUUGCUUCCUCCAGCUCAUAGGGUUAAUUUUUUUUUCUCAUUUAUGCCCAUUAACUCCCACAUAUGGUAAUCUUUAACACAAAAUGAAAUCAGUAUGAAACCUACACAUGAUCUGCUGUCAGUUUGUACAUUUUCAUAACAUAGCAUGUAGGAUUUUUUGUUUUAAUCCAGUUCAUCUGACACCAAGUUAAUGAAAUAAUGAUCAAACAUAGGGAACCAGAAGUACCUUGCCUGACCCUGCUUUGAGCAGGAAAUUGCACUAAAUGCCCUGGUAAGCUGCCUCCCAACCCAAAUUCCCCUGCGAUCCUGUGGAAGGUGACUGUGGGAAGCUGCAGGGCCAUUUUUGUGGCUGACGGCCCAUGAGUGAGUGAAUGCCGCAGAGCAUCCCGCUGCCUUCCUGUUCACACCCAAGAACAGAAGCUGAAGAUUUGUUUCCAUAGUGUGGGCCCAUAGACUAAACCCUCAGGGUCAUGCUGUAUGAGCCCAAAGAGGGUCACGCCAAGUUUUCCUGAGCCUGGCAUCCUCCUCUUCUCUUUCUCGAUGAGGAAGGACAAGGCGGGGAGGACACAAGGCUCUGGGCACCCCCGGGCACCUCUGGUGCAGGAGCCUUGUGCAGCAGGAGCUCCGGGGAGCGGGCGCUGCUGCUGUGGCUGCUCCAGCUGCAGGGCUGAGUCCGUCUGGAGCCCGCUGAGCGUAACGCACUUGUUCUGCUAGCUCUGGUCCCACUGAGAGCUGGGCAGAACACAUUAUGGAAAGGGCUGUUCUUCCCCGCUGCCACCCACAGACAGUCCUACCUGGAAAGUCAGGUCUGUAGCAGUUAAACACGCUGGCCCCAGGGGUGCCAGAAGACAAAAAACCUGCUAAUUGCCUUUCUGGGAUUCUUUUUUUUUUCCUUGUGACUAGUUUUUGUCUUCAGAUUGGUCCAGAACAAAAACAUUAAUAAAGUCAUAUGUCUUAACACAGGCAUUACUUAUUUCUGUGAUAAGCUCAUUAUUUUUCAAGUCCAUACAUUCAUAUUUGUUACUUGCAGUGGUUAGUCUCCACCUCUGGUAAAAUUUUUGAAGGAAGCUAUAGGCCUGAAGUUGAAUUUGAACAUGAAAAAUGUAUUCCAAGCUCCUGAGCAGCCGUGUUCGACAGCUGCCAGUUGCAAACUGGGGACAGUGCAAGCACUGGGGACGGUGCAAGCAGAGCUGCAGGGAGGAAUGCUGGCCCUUGGGUGGAAGCUGGUUUGGCCCUACACUAAAAGCCC